AAGUCUCAGACGGGAUGAGAGUAUAGAGCUGUGUGCCUGACUAUAAAAGGGGCCUCACCAACCCAGGCCUAGCAAACCAAACCAAACCAAAGCAUCACAAGCAAGCAAGUAAUAUAAGCACUAACUAGCAAAGAAGAAGAGAACCCCGUCGAGCAAGACUAGAAGAGAGAGCAAUAAUCAUGUACCACCACCAUUUCCAUGGCGAGGUGGCUAGCCUCCGCUUCCUGUCCCCUCCGAACGUCUCGACGUCCUUCGCGGCGCACCACCACAUGAACAUGGCACUGCCGCCUCCAUCCUACUUCCAAGACGACGACGCUACCCUUGCAGCCAUCGACGGCGGUGACGCGGCCUGUUUUGAUGAGCUUGACACCAUCGUCGUCGUCCCGGAAGCAGAUGCCGCAGCCGCAGCCCGCUGCCACCUCACCGGCAGCAACAAUGGCGGCUUGUCGGACUCCGACCAGCUGCUGGACGCUGCUGUGAUUAUGGCGGCCGACGAGGAGCGCCGGCGCCGGCGGAUGGUGUCGAACCGGGAGUCGGCGCGGCGGUCGCGCAUGCGCAAGCAGCGGCAGCUCAGCGAGCUGUGGGCGCAGGUCUCGCACCUCCGCGGCGCCAACCGCCGCCUCCUCGACGACCUCAACCGCGCGCUCAGGAGCUGCGCCGACGCCCGCCGGGAGAGCGCCAGGCUGAGGGAAGAGAAGGCCGAGCUGACGAAGAAGCUCGAGCAGCUGCUGCAGGCGGAGAAGGGCUCGUUAUCGGAGGCGGCCGAGCCAUGCAAGUCGUAUUGCUGAAUGACCAAGAAGAUGGAGUUAAUUAAUUAUCAUCCGCCCGGGCGACCCAGUUUUUAGUCGAGAGGAGUUAAUUAUUUAUAUCUCGAUAACUAAUAAGAACAUGCAUGUGUGAUGAUCAA